CGCUCUCGCUCUCAGCCAAACCCCAGGCACCACGCACAUACAGGCAUACAGCGCGCUGGCCCUCUACCCGACACCCAGCCGCCGGCCGCCCCCGUCCCGGCCUCUGCCUGCCUCGCGGGACGCCGGUCGCCGGCCGCCCAGGAGUCUCCUCUGCUCCUGGCCUCCUGCCUCCCCAUUGCGCCCUCGCCCUGCCCGGCGCUCGGCGCCAGCCUUGCCACCGCCCCCGGCCGCGACCCUGCCCUGUCCCGGCCGCCUGGCGCCCCUGCAAGCCGGCGGCGCCGCCCAGUCCGCACUACGGCACUCGGCUCGGCCUGAUUUGAGGAAGCAAGUGUGCUCUGAAGUCCGAACUGCUGAACCUCUUGUCAACUCCAGCAAACUAGCAGAGCCUUCUAUCACCAAAUAAAAGGGCUGUGAUGUCGCUACGGCAGCUACUGGGAUGGUCAGAUGGAGAGGUGAUGCGGCCGGAGUCAAAGCCGUGUUCCCGACUGAUGCGCCACACUGCUGGUAUCUUCUCAGUUGGUGGUGGCCUUGCUUUCUGGGUGCUUUGCCGCCUUCACUAUGGUCCAAGGAUAACGGUUCCAAGGAGUCUCAGGUGGGCAUCCUGUGGAGCGAUGGGCACGAGCGCGACGGCAGCCAUGCUUGUGCGGCUCUUCAGCCCGGAGUGUGAACCACAGAACAUAGCAGCUUUCGACAGACCUGAAUACAAGCCUGCAUAGUGUCAUGGAAAUCCAGGGCCUGGUCUGCCAAGCCCUAUGCGAGUUUGCUGAUUCGGCCCUUGGUGAUGCCUUACAAGAUGUUUAUGCAUAAAUGUACCUCCCCUGAAAUUGGACACCUCUGUUUCCCACACUCUGGCCGCCGUCAUUUUCUUCUGAAACUAGGAGCUUUUUGCAUCAAAUCUGGAGCUGGUACCUUUUGCAUCAAAUUUGGUUUCCAAAGUGGGGUAGUGAUGUAUUGCUGGACACAUUUUGAGUGAUGAUAAGUUGCACUCAGUUAACCUAAUGACUUUCGUGAGAUACAUAAA